AUGGUAGGUGGGAGUGCGGCUGCCGGAGGCGCCGGGGGACUUCUGAGCCCACCCCAUACGAGAGGAGGAACCCCCUACGCAUCGGGAGGGGAUGGUGCGGCCAUUUUGCCCCUGCGAGAGGCGCCGCCAGCACCGGAUGCACCGGCACGGGCCCCUCCACGCUUGAUUUAUGUUCCUUUUUCUACCAGUGAUUUAUAUAAUUGGAAGCAUCAGAACCCCCCAUUUUCUGAGAAGCCUCAGGGGCUGAUUUCCCUCUUAGAGACUAUCUUUAGGACCCACCAGCCCACGUGGGAUGACUGCCAGCAGAUACUGCAAACCCUAUUCACUUCUGAAGAACGAGAUAGAAUUGUUAGGGAGGCAGCCAAGGCCAUUUUAGGAAAUGAAGGAGAAACCCUAGCAGGGAGGAGAGAAGUUGAGGACAUCCUCCCUUCUCAGCCUCCAAAUUGGGACCCCAACACUUCGGGGGGAAGGGACGCGCUCCUCCAGUAUCGCCGGGCUCUGCUUAGGGGACUGAAAGCGGCUGCUAGGAAGCCCACAAACUUUAGCAAGGUCAGUGAAGUGAUCCAAGGCCGGGAGGAGUCACCAGCUGCAUUUCUAGAGAGAUUAAUGGAGGCUUAUCGAGUCUAUACACCUUUGGACCCGGAGGCAGAGGAAAACAGGAGACUAGUGAACAUAGCUUUUGUCACACAGGCCAGUCCAGACAUCAGGAAGAAAUUGCAGAAAAUAGAAGGAUUUGAGGGAGAAAACAGGAGUAAGCUAUUAGAAAUUGCCCAGAAAGUUUAUGUCAAUAGAGAUGAUCCUGAGAUAGGUAGGGCAAAAGAGGUUGCAAAGAUUCUAUUGGCAGCCCAGCAGCCUGAGAAGGGAAAGAAAAAAGAAUACAAGGGUAGAAAAGCGGGACCGGGAGGCCGGCGAGACAUCGGUAGGAACCAAUGUGCCUUCUGCAAGGAAGAAGGGCACUGGAAGCGGGAUUGUCCAAAGCUGAAAAAGAGACAAGAACCCGAGAUGGCGCCUCCGGGCAGGUGCAGAAGGCAACCACAAAAAAUAAUUGGGGCAACAGGCAAAGCAGAAGCAUAUCCUUGGGCCACCGCACGGGUAACUAACCUAGGAAAGGGAACAAUAACACACUCUUUCCUAGUAAUUCCAGACUGCCCCUAUCCGUUACUGGGAAGAGACCUCUUACAGAAGCUUCAAGCCACUAUUACUUUCAGACAAGCCGAUGACUCUUCUUCAGAAGAUCGAGAGGCCGGAGUCAACUUUGAGAUAACAGUCCCGUUGUCUGAAGAAUAUCUAGUGGCUACCCUCCAGGAAGGUAAGGAGGGAACUGUAGGGGUCCCCGAUGAGCUAUUGACAACAAUACCUGGCGUGUGGGCUGAAACCAAUCCGCCGGGGUUGGCGGCGCACCAACCCCCUGUCGUGGUGCAGUUAAUGAGUACGGCCAGCCCAGUGAGGAUACGGCAAUACCCGGUCCCAGCACGAGCAAAGCAAGGGAUUGUGCAGCACUUGCAGCGUUUGCUCAAGGCUGGGAUACUCCGCCAGUGCCAGUCGGCUUGGAAUACUCCCCUGCUGCCAGUCCAAAAGCCAGGGACACUGGACUAUCGCCCUGUGCAGGACCUGCGGGAGGUGAACGCGAGGGUAGAAACGAUUCACCCUACUGUGCCAAACCCGUACACCCUGUUGAGCUCCUUGCCGCCAACACACACCUAUUAUUCUGUCCUCGACUUAAAGGACGCUUUCUUCUGCAUCCCCUUGGCCCCACAAAGCCAAGAUAUUUUUGCCUUCGAGUGGAAUGACCCUGAAAACGGACUAGUAGGUCAGUUCACAUGGACUCGUCUACCACAGGGGUUUAAAAAUUCCCCCACCAUUUUUAAUGAGGCCCUCAGUAGGGACUUGCAAGCUUUUCGGUCCACACACCCUUCGGUUGUAACCUUGCAGUAUGUAGAUGAUAUUCUCAUAGCUGCCAAGGACAAAGAAGAAUGCGAAAAAGCCACUGCUGACUUGCUGCGAGACCUGGAGCGGAUGGGAUACCGAGUCUCCGCCAAGAAGGCCCAGAUAGUAGCACAAACUGUAAGUUACUUGGGGUAUGACUUACAGGGGGGGCAGAGGACCCUAUCCAGCCGACGGAUCCAGACGGUCCUACAAAUCCCGGAACCGACUACCAAGCGACAGGUACGUGAGUUCCUGGGGGCAGUAGGAUAUUGUCGGCUCUGGAUUUUAGGGUUUGCAGAACUAGCCCGACCCCUGCAUGAGAUAACCCAGGGAAGAGAAGAAUCAUUUGUGUGGACUGAUAAAGAAAGACAAGCAUUCCAGAGCCUAAAGGAGGCAUUAGUGUCUGCCCCGGCUCUGGCCUUGCCUGACCCUGCCAAACCCUUUCAGCUGUUUGUAGCUGAGAAAGGAGGAAUUGCUCUAGGAGUGCUUAGCCAAGAACUUGGGCCGUGGAAGAGACCGGUAGCCUACUUAUCAAAGAAGCUCGACCCGGUAGCAUCAGGGUGGCCCACCUGCCUGAGGGCACUAGCCGCCACAUCUGUCUUGGUCAAAGAAGCAGGCAAACUAACGUUGGGGCAAGACAUCCGAGUGAUUGGGGAACAUUACAUAGAACAGGUCCUAAAAAACCCCCCCGAUCGUUGGUUGUCCAAUGCUCGGUUGACGCACUACCAAGCUCAAUUACUCAAUCCGCCGUCGGUUCAGUUCUUGAAAACUACGGCGCUCAACCCAGCUACCCUCUUGCCUGAGCCAGACUCCACAAUAACUCAUAACUGCAAGCAGGUACUCGAUACAGUGACAGGUUCCCGCCCAGACCUGAAGGAUCAGCCAUACAGCAAGGUCGACCUGACCUUGUUCACAGAUGGCAGCAGUUUUAUAGAGAGAGGACUGAAACGUGCGGGAGCGGCAGUGACCACUGUAGACGAAGUAUUAUGGCAGAGGGCUCUGCCUGCAGGAACAUCGGCCCAGCGGGCCGAACUGAUUGGACUCGCCCAGGCACUGCGGAUAGCAGAAGGGAAAACUGCAAACAUUUACACUGACAGCCGGUAUGCUUUUGCCACCGCCCACAUACACGGAGCAAUAUACAAAGAGCGGGGCCUCCUAACUGCAGGAGGCAAGGACAUUAAGAACAAGGAUGAAAUCCUCGCUCUAUUGGAAGCCAUAUGGUUGCCAGCUAAGGUUGCUAUUAUCCACUGCAAGGGACACCAAAAGGGAGACUCCCCAGCAGAAAGAGGAAAUCGUUUGGCCGACUCGGCCGCCAAGCAGGCAGCAUUGGGCCCCCUAGAAACUGUACUUCCCCUUUUACCUCAACCAAGAAUAUCCACCCAGCCAAGUUACACCUCUGAAGAAAAACAAGAGGGAGAGAAAUUGAGAGGAAUCCAAAAUCAGCGGGGAUGGAUAGAGCUGCCGGACUCGAGACUUUACCUACCCCGGGGAGUCCUAAGACAAAUCGUUGAAGAAGUUCAUAGAAGUACCCACCUAGGGCAAAAUAAGUUAGAACAACUAGUCAAGAAAUAUUAUCUUGGGCCUAAUCUCAGAGACAUUAUCCGGUCAGUCACAACUAGGUGCCAGACCUGUGCAAAGGUAAACGCAUCAAAUAAGAAAUUACCACCAUUUGUGAGAUACCGAGGGAAGGCACCAGGAGAGUUGUGGGAAAUAGAUUUCACAGAAAUGACUCCAGGGAAGUCAGGAUACAAGUACUUAUUAGUGUUAGUGGACACGUUUUCAGGGUGGGUGGAAGCGUUCCCCACCCGAGGAGAAACGGCUUCUAUAGUUUGUAAAAUGCUCUUAAGAGAAAUUAUACCCAGGUACGGUAUCCCUUUAGCAAUAGGUUCAGACAACGGGCCGGCUUUUGUAUCCAAGGUGUCACAAGAGUUAGCAGCUAAGCUGAAAAUAAACUGGAAACUCCAUUGCAUCUAUAGGCCCCAGAGUUCAGGGCAAGUAGAAAGAAUGAAUAGAACAUUAAAAGAAACCAUAACUAAAUUAAGAGAGGAGACCGGCGAAAACUGGACUGAGCUCCUUCCUUUCGCCCUCUUUAGAAUCAGAUGUACCCCAUAUUUUGAAAAAUGGACCCCUUAUGAACUCAUGUUUGGACAACCUGUUCCUUUGGUACCACAUGUAACAAGAGAAGAGAUAAGCAUGACUAACCAUAACCUCCUCAAGUCUUUGCAGGCACUACAAGAGAUCCGGAGUGAGGUCAGACGGCUGCGAGGCCAGGGCGUGGUCAACUCCAGCGACCAGCCCCAGAACUGUACACCACCUGACCCUGGACAAUGGGUAUGGGUUCGAAACCACCGACAGGGGAAUCUUGAGCCACGAUGGACAGGACCGUACCAGGUAUUGCUGAGCACGCCAUCUGCAGUCAAGGUAGCGGAAAAGCCCUAUUGGAUACAUCUCUCUCACACCAAGCCAGCAGACAAUCCCGAGGGAGGAGCUCAAACAUGGACAGUAAAAAAGGACCCAGACUGUCCCUUAAAGCUUACCUUCUCUCAUGCCUGA